AUGCGUUUCCAUAACAACCAAAUGCUCCGCCUUAAAGAGGAAGCAGAGAUGUGGAUGGCGGAGAGGAUGGGAGGUUGGCAAAGCGACGUUAAACCCAAGGAGAAGAGAGGAGUGAGAAUGAACUUUACCAGCCUGUUAAUGACCUGUCUGCUGUUUGGGAGCAGUGUGUCUUGGUCCUUUAAGAGAGGGGCUGUAGACCACACUCACCACGUGAGACGCUGUUCCGUGAAAAUGCCCAGCUCGUGUGAUGUGAAGAAUUAUGAACACUGGUACAAAGUGGGCAACUCCUGCGUCAUGUAUUUCAACGAAUCGCUCAACUUUACCGACGCUGAGUUCCGCUGCAGGAACGCGGCACCUGGUGGUCACCUGGUGUCCGUGCACAGCAGUCAGGCCAAUAAUGAUCUAAACUGUAUCGUGCUCAAGUACAACAAAAAGUCUCCUCGCAUCUGGUUGGGCGGCUUUGAGUUUUUUACUUCUCGUAAGUGGAUCUGGAUUGAUGACUCUAACUGGGACUUUCAGGCCUGGGUUCCAGGAGAGCCCAACAAUCACUUCAACAAAGAGGACUGUCUGGAAAUGAACUGGAAAGAGAAUGGCAAGUGGAAUGAUGAUUGGUGUCCUAAAAAGAAGAACUUCGUUUGUUCUUUUACCAACUAA